UGUUUUUGUUUACACACUUAAUUUCCGAAUAAAAACUGCGUCACUUUGCAAAAAACUCAACAGUAGCAUUCGCUGGCGGGUGACGUUCACUACACAACUCAGUUCAACUUCUUUUCAAUUUGUGCGCGUCGCGUUUGGGUAGCAUGUGCAAUCUGCGCUGUUUUCUAUUGUGCCUUCUGGCCUGCUUGGCAAGUGUAACAAAUGCCGAUGAAUAUCAUCCACGCGUGCUUACCCCACGCCUCGUGAAAUCGGCGGGAGCCACUGAAGAGAAAACCGCCGAAUAUUGGGUGGAUAAAGCACAAAGCAUAAUCGCUGACAAACUAGAACAGACAUCUGAACUCAAUACGAAUCGUGCUAAGAAUAUUAUACUCUUUCUCGGCGAUGGCAUGUCGGUGCAUACGAUAACGGCAACACGCGCUUUCCUCGGUGAUAGCUCCGAACAAGUUUCGUUUGAACAAUUCCCUUAUACGGGACUAUCCAAAACUUACUCCGUCGACAAGCGUGUGCCGGAUUCCGCCUGCACCGCAACCGCUUACUUGUCCGGCGUGAAGGCAAACUACGGCACAAUUGGUGUCACCGCUGAGGUGCCGAAGAAUGAUUGUGAAGCGGGUAUUGACUCGCGCACACAUACCGAAAGUAUUGCGAAAUGGGCGCAAGACGCCGGCAAAUGGGCGGGUUUGGUGACCACAGCGCAUGUGACACACGCCUCACCGGCUGGUGUUUAUGCGCAUACCGCCAACCGCGCCUGGGAGACUGACGCAAAGAUCAAGGACAGUGGUUGCGAAUCUGGCGCUGGUCACAAUGUGGAUAUUGCCACGCAACUACUCGAAUGGCCAGUUGGUAAGAAUUUGCGUGUCAUCAUGGGUGGUGGUCGUCGCAAUUUCAUCGAUCAGCAGGAUCUCGAUGAGGAAGGUAUUGAAGGUCGCCGUAGUGACGGACGCAAUUUGACCGAAGAGUGGCUGGCGGAUAAACACGAGCAGUGCGCACGUGCGUCAUAUGUGUGGAAUAAAGAGGGACUGCAGAAUGUGGAUUUGGAUAAAACUGAAUAUUUACUGGGACUCUUUAGCUCUUCGCAUUGUCCGUACCAUGGUGAUUUGGAACGCGAGGGUUUGACCGAUAAAGUGCCAUCGUUGAGUGAAAUGACCGAAGCAGCCAUACAGCUGUUGAGUAAUAAUAAAAAGGGUUAUUUCUUGUUCGUCGAAGGCGCCCGUAUCGAUAUGGCUCAUCAUAGCUCGCGUGCACAUCUGUCACUCGAGGAUACCGCGGAGUUUGCGCGCGCCAUUGACUUGGCACGCAAAAUGACAGACGAAGAGGAUACAUUGAUUGUGGUGACGUCCGAUCAUUCCCACACCAUGACAAUUAACGGUUAUCCGACACGCGGCUCCGACAUCUUCGGUCUCGCGCCGAUUACUGCCGACGACAACUUGCCGUAUACCAUCCUAUCCUACGCCAAUGGACCCGGUUACUCGAAGACCUACUCCAAAAAGAGUGGCCGACGCGAUCUGAGCAAGGCCGAUUUGGAUGAUCCGAAAUAUAGAUAUAUGGCCACUGUACCGCUGGAUUCGGAAACACAUGGUGGUGAUGAUGUGGGCGUCUUCGCUUCCGGUCCCUAUGCACACUACUUCUCUGGCAACUACGAACAGACAAAUAUACCCGCACUGAUGGCCUAUGCCGCCGAUAUCGGGCCCUUCGCGAAGUCAGCUAUAGGUGUGAAUGAAGUAAGCGAUGACAUCGAAACAACGACAGAGAACGAAUCAACAACAGAGAGUGAAGAGGAGCGCUGAAGAUUUCUUAAAAAUGAUUUCAUUUAAAUAAAUUUUAGUGCAAUCAAGUGCAGAGCACAAAUUUGUAUUACUAUGAGUA